AUGGCACCAUGGGUGCCAAUAUUUACUCAUGCCAUUGAUCUGGAGCUUAACUCUAGAAUAAUAUCGCUGCCGGUUGAUUCCCAAACAACUUCAACUUCAGCUCCUGGAACAAGACGCUCAAGCAUAUCUCAACCUCCUCCAUUUAUUCUGUUACAAUUGGCCACCAUAGGUACAGAUGGAUUCCCUCAUGUACGUACAGUAGUAUACAGAGGGUUUCUUUUCAAUGACAAGACUACCAACUCCAUAGUCAUCACCACGGAUAAACGGAUGCAAAAAUACCAUGAGCUUGAAAUUAACGAUCGAGUUGAGAUCAACUGUUAUUUGCCUUCGAGACGUAAACAAUUUAGAUUACGUGGAAGAGCUCGUUUGGUUGACAGUGAUCGCAAACCAAACAUAGAUUUACUGAAGGUUGGAGUGUUCCAUAGUUAUGGAAGUGAAAAUGAAGAUGAGAAUAAAACUUUUGAUGAUAGUGAAGAAGAAGAAGACGAAGAUACUUUCCAGAUUAAAUCUCCACCAUCCAAUGAGAUUAAACCUAUUGUAAAUGAAGUCAAAUGUGUUCAAGAUGAACCUAUCUGUUCAGCACUUGUAAGUCCUGGAUUCAUCAGUGAUCAUAAUGAAGAACAUUCUAAUCACCAUCAUGGGUCAUAUACUAAUCUUGUGGAUAUUCAAUUGAAACCUCCAACGUCUGAAGAAUGGGACACCGAAGUAAGAAGACAAUGGGAUCAACUUUCUAAACAACUUCGACACCUGUUCCGCAAGCCAGCUCCAUUAACACCUCUUGAUGAUCAAAAUGCAAAGAUUAUUGACAGAAUACGGCGGGGAGUUGAUGGGAAGAAGGAUGAGGCAGGGUUUGCCAAUUUCAGCUUGGUUGUAAUAUUUGUGGAGUCGGUAGAUUUUGUUGAUUUAGAAAAGGACAGACGGAUGGUCUUUACCAAAGAUCAAUAUGAACAAUGGAGUGAACAAGAGGUGUGCCCUUAA